GAACUCUUCUCUCAUAAGCUUCUUGAAGCCAAAAAAUUUCAACUUUUAUAUCUUUCUAAAUAAUCACCUUUGAAAUGCUUUGUCAAUUUUGUAGAAAAGGGCACUGCAUUCCAUUCAAGACAAUUUCUGCACUUUUUCAUGCCCAGAGGUCCAGUUGUCAGAUUUAUCAAUUUAAAGACUUAAGUUCAAAGAAAGAUGCUUCAAUAAAUCUGAAAGCUAAACAGAGUGAAUGGGUAGAACCCAAUGGGUUUGAUAGUGGUGUUAAGGUUUGGAACAGCCUCACCAAAAAAGUCUCCCCUUUAAUCUUGAAAAAUGAAAAUCAACUCUCAUGGUACAUGUGUGGGCCCACAGUGUAUGAUAGUGCACAUAUUGGACAUGCCAGUUCUUAUAUGAGAUUCGAUAUAAUCAGAAGAAUAUUAGAGAAUUAUUUGAUAUUGAUGUUCAGCUUGUCAUGGGAUUAACAGAUAUUGAUGAUAAGAUAAUUAAUAAAGCUAAUAAAGAUGAAAAACCCUUUACAGAAAUAGCCAAGAAAUAUGAAGUGGAGUUUUUACAGGAUAUGAACAAAUUGAAUAUUUUAUCACCAAGCUAUAUUACCAGAGUCUCUGAUCACAUCCCACAAAUAAUUCAGUAUAUCCAAACUAUACAACAAAAAGAUCUGACAUAUCCUACAGAUGAUGGAAGUGUAUAUUUUGAUGUGAUAAAGUAUGGACGCUACGGUUAUUUUCGGCCAUAUGUUAAAGAUGAAGACUAUAAAGGUUUUAAAAAGCAUUCAAGUGAUUUUGCUUUAUGGAAAGGUGCUAAAUUGGAUGAACCAUUUUGGGAAAGUCCAUGGGGUAAAGGCAGGCCUGGUUGGCAUAUUGAAUGUUCUGCCAUGGCAAGUGGUAUUUUUGGUUCAAAUUUUGAUGUUCAUUCAGGAGGAGUAGAUCUAAAAUUUCCCCAUCAUGAAAAUGAAAUUGCACAAUCACAGGCGCAUUAUAAUUGUCAUCAAUGGGUCAAUUAUUGGAUUCACACAGGAUAUCUACAUUUAAAAGGAGAUGAAAACAAAAUGUCUAAAUCUUUGAAGAAUGUUGUUGGUAUUUCUGACUUACUAGAGAAUUAUACAGCAGAUCAGUUCAGAAUGAUGUGUUUACUGACCGCAUACAGACAUUAUUUAGAAUAUAGUGAAGAUGUCAUGACUAAAACUUCCACUAAUUUGAACCAGAUAUUGAAUUGUUUAAAUCUAUGUGAUAUUUAUGUCAAAGGUCAACUUCAUUGUAAGAGCAUUGAUGAGGUCCAGUUACAAAAAAGAAUAAAUGAUUGCAGAGUGUCUUUUAAAAAGCAUUUAGCCAAUGAUUUUGAUACUACUAAAGCUUUUGAUGAUAUGUUUGAGUUAGUGAAGUUCUUGAAUUCUUCCCUGUCUAAAAUAGAACAGGAAGAUGAUCAUAUAAGAUGUCCAGCAACAGUGGCAGCUGCUAGUUUAUUUAUUAAAUCAACUUUAACAAAGUUGGGUUUUGAUCUAGCAAAUCAAAUGUCAUCCAGUAAAGGUGGUGAUAUGUUAUUAUUAAAUAAAGCUAUGGACAAUUUGGUUGAUCUACGACUUACUGUAAGAAAGUUUUGUCUGGACCCUCCUGCACAAAUAUUCACAGAGCCUCUAGAAAAUAAGAAAUUAGAAAAGAAGAGAAGAAAAGAAGUAUUUUCACCAUUAUUAAAGAAAUGUGACACGGCUAGAGAAGAUUUAAAAUCUGUUAAUAUUUCUAUCAAGGAUUUAGGAAAUGAUUCUUCCUGGUUGAUAGAGAAAAAAUAAAAUGGACACAUAUAUAAUGUUUGGUGGAACCAUCAUUUAAUUUAAACAAUCUGUGCUAUUCACGUCUCCCUUGCUCAUAAAAUUAAACCAAUGGCUCUUCAUAUCUUAUGCCUUAUUGGGAGAGAAAACUGUCUUUUCAUAUUAAACCCAAAACUCUAAUAAUGAUCAUUCUAUAGUACUCUCAAUGACCACAUACAAAGCAUUUUGUGUAAUUUAUGUUUGGCUGAAAAGAAACAAAAUAUAUUCAAUGUGUAAGAUUUUUUUUAUUUGAAUAACACUGGUAUUUACUCUGUAUAUUUAUUUUUUUUUAACAAUAAAAAAUGAAUCAUAGAAUGUUGAGACAAUGUUACAAAUAGAGGCACAAAGUAGAAUUCUACAAACUAUCUGAUAACAAUAAACAGGUUUUUCUUAAACAGUAGUUAAUUGUAUGUUAUUUCAAAAAAUCUUAGAAGCCAGUUUAUCAAUAAUUUUAGUUCUCAAGAAUUCUGUUUGGUCGAUCACUAACUUUAAAUUCAGUUAUAGCAACCAAUCAAAUAUACUAUAUUUCUGGCACCACAAAACUUAUAUUUAGAUUUUGUAAACACUGACAAUUGACAAGAUGAGUCAAUUUCAAUUAUAUCAUGAUACACUUCCUCCACAAAUAAACUGAUAUUUCAAUUGAGAAUUUAACUUUUUGGACGAGAAGAGCAUCAUAUAGAGUUUACUCUUUUUUGACAGUUGAUCUUUAAUUAAAACCACUCAACACACCAAUAACUCUAUAUGUGGUU